AAAUUUAACCAUCAAUUUCUUAUAUAGUAUAUCUUCUGAUAUCACAAUGGCCUCUCCUAAUAACUUUAACUUCCCAUAUUUCCCUCCACCACCACUCCGGCCGUUCCAGCCACCUCCACCUCCUCAUCAUCCGAUCACCCCACCGCCACCUCAUAUACACCCUCCACCUCCACCCCAUGUACAUCCACCACCAGCACCACUUCCUCCUGCACCAUCACCAAGUAACCAUACAGUUAUAAUCGUUGUGUUUAUCUCAUGUGGAGGCCUUUUCCUCCUCGCAUUCCUCGCAGUCGCUCUCUUUUGUUUCCUCAAGAAGAAGAAGAAGAGAACAGUUCAAGAAACAGAUAUUGUUCACGUUGAUGAACAUCUGAAAGUGAAGGAGGCUAUUGUCCCUGGUCCCCAUGGACCCCAUGCUGUGGUUCUUGAAAUUGUGGAUGAUGUUCAUAUUGAUGAAGAGAUUGCAAAGACUGAGAAAAUUGAACAAGGUUCGCACGUCCACUCUGCAGAGAAAAAUGCUAAGGCCCUUCAGGCAGGAGGAGCUUCUUCAAGUUCUGAUCACCACCAGCUGGAACAUAAGGCCUAAACUUCUUCUGUUCAUAAAAAAUGUUAUAUUCAUGUGCUAAUAUUUAACUCAAUUUGGUGAAAUAUACAUAAAUACCAGAAAAGAAAAUUGUGAUGCAAGUGCAACUGCAUGCUCAAUUUCUUUGUUACUUUAUUGAAUUGUAAUAAAAAGAUGUUGCAACUGUUCGUCAA